UGUAGAUCAGACGAGAGUUGGCACUACUGUAUAUUGCAUCCUCUAUGUGCUAGUCUGCCUUUCUUCUCUUAUUUUAAUCUUCAGGGAGUCACAAACAGCAAGUAUCACUUACACAGUGAUGACAGACCUUAGCCUCCACUGACUCAUCUCACCUGGUGUUGACAAAUAUAAGAGCUGAGAGACUUGCUGUGUUGGUUCACUGUGAACACACUUAUAAACGGUGAAAACUAAGGAAAUCACACGAGCUUUCAGCAUUCCAUAAUGUUCAGCAAGCAGCAACAUUUACAAGACCAGGGUGCAGUGCCAUCUCCAUCAAGGGAGCUUCAACGGUCAGUUAAGAGCGAUGAAGCGGCUCCCAGACCAAGAAGGAUGGCACUUACUCCCAUUGAAAACCACAUGAACGUCCAGCCAAGUCCACGGUCUGCCAUUGUCAGCAAGAGGCAACACCCACAGGAGCAAGGUGCAAUUGCAUCUACAUCAAGCGAGCUACAGGGCCACGAGGAAGCGCCAUCUAGACAAAAAAAGUGUAAGCGCACAGAGGAUGCAGGUGCUGUCGGAAGAAGGUCUGACACACAAUCUGAAGGCAACGGCGAGGCUAAAGAUUAUGUGUUGGACAUAACUGCUAAAAUGUCUGCUCUGCACAUUGAUACAAGUUCCUCGGAACCAGCAUCCCUGAAAAAGAUUCUACAGAAGUAUGGAGCCGCUGUAGAGAUCGACACUAAGAUUGGGCAGGCAAAGAUACAUGGCAAUUCAACUCAGAUUCAGAAAACAAUCAAAUUAUUUCGGAAGAAAAUGAAUUAUAAGGGUCCAGCCUCAGAGCAAGAUUUCUGGAUACAGUGGGUCCAGGAAACGUUCCCUGAUUUUCACUCAGGGCCUUGCUUUUUACCUCCCCUCUACUUCAGCCGCGUGCCGACGACCAGACAUUCCUUUGCCGGUCAUCCUUUAUCCGUCCUUUGGCCAGCAUCUGACCAGGCUGGUCAACCUGACCAAUCCGUGAAGAUUCCACGCACCGUUCCUCAGCCUCCCAAAGUUCAGGACAGUGACGUUAAGGACGAUGAAGCCAUGAAUCGUGUUCUCACCAGCUUGAAGAACAUGUUUCAACAAAAGAAAGAAAUUUUAGUUUUAAUGAGUAAUCUGCACUUUAAAGAUUACCUUGCUGAGCGAUCUUCCACUGCUAAUAGGGACCAGCCUUACAUUCCCAGAAAAAAGCGAGAGAUUGAUAUGCUUCUUAUUCAUCGAGAUUAUGGAUUUUUUGUUUUUGAGGUUAAGGCAGUUGGGGAUAAAGUAUUCAAAUUAAACAAAUCAACAAAGGAUGCCAUCAAAUUAAGACUUGUAAAGGCCGUUGAGCAGUUAAACUGCGCAACUGACAAUUUAAAGGAUGCGAGCUGUGACAUCGCUCCCAACAUUCGUGUCAGAAAGACGAUUAUUCUUCCUAACCUCACGGCCAGUCAGGUACAGGCGACCAUCUUAGGAGAUCAAGAGUUGUUGAAGUGCCUUUGUGAGUGUCUGGAGACGGAAUCGUCGAGCCCGGAGGACAUCGCAAGUCUUUGUCUGUGCUCUGACCAGUUGAGUGACCAAAAAAAUCUCGAGGAGUGGUGGAAGAGAAGCGUGGCUGGGGCGGGGACGGACAAUCAGAUGACGCAUCUUGGGUACACAGUGCUGACAGCCAGAUUCUGUGGACCGGCGACAACAGUGACUGUACCAUGUACAUCUUCUCCACGUGUGAGUGUCAAGACCCUGGGUCAGGCCGUGAAGUGUACAGGAGUUUGUUACUCUGAGAUCGGUCUUUUUCCGGAGCAAACCAAUCUGCUCAGUACGCGUCCUCCCAGACUCUUUGUAACAGGACCACCAGGUACAGGUAAAACCGUGGUGCUGCUGCUGAUGGCUACAGAAUGGCUGCAUCGGAGAGAAAAGGUUUAUAUUGUUAGUACAUGGAAAAAAAGUCUUCCAGUCUGCAUCAUGCUGAAACACCAUCUCAGCCACUAUACUGUAGUGGAAGAUCAACUCAACCUCCUACUGUAUGACUUUGAAAAGAAAGAAAUGAGCAAAGCAGUGAACGAAUUGUCGCAGCUGGCAAAAGGAGGAAUAUUGUACGUCAUCGCUGAUGAAGCGGGCCCUGACAAGUCAGGUAAAGAGGGAGGAUUCAAAACGUUCUGCAAAAUGCUGCUAAAGAAAGUUCCCCAGAUCCAUCUUUGGGCGGCAAGUUGUUACAACAGACAUGUGCCAAAUGGAUGGGAAGAACAAGGAUUUAACAGACCCCUCCGCUCUCCUCCAGUCGUACGAAGAGAGGUGGAGAAGGACAGGGCGUUCACCCGUGACCGAAGUGUCAAGGAGUACGGUGACCGCGGUGUACCCGACUUUACAGAUGGUCCGGCUGUGAAGAGAAUUUCCCACAAGAACCAUUCUUAUAGACCUGCAAUAAAUUGUGUCGAGUGCGGUGAUAUGCUCGUCUCUUUCCUUCAGAAGGAUCUCCGUGUUGGCGUCCCUGUGUUGACAAAGAGUGAGGAAGCAGCAUCGUAUGAUCUAAUGUGGCGAGACGUGCUGGUGGUGUACAAGACAACAGUGAGUGACAAGCUUGGUAUUGUCAAAGCUAUGAGAAAAGCAAAAAUUCCACUGCGACUGGUGAUGGAUGACAUGGAAGGAAUUACAGACAUGGCCACGGCAAAGGAUGACGUGGUGUGGGUUACACAUGAUGAUUUGAUUCGUGGGCUGGAGAGAAAAGUUGUCGUGUGUGUAGAGGUAUUUGAUAAAUGGUCAAAGAAAGCCAAAUUUGCUGGGUAUAAGAGACUUCACAGCCAAUCCCGCUGUACAGGACAGCUAGUUAUUGUUUGUAACUAGAUGUACCAUCAACUAAAUCUUCACAGCUGGUCAGCGGCUGUAUGUCUUGUAGGUAGAUGGCACGACGAUUUGUCGACUCUGAUAUUGUCUAGUUAUUGUAGUCGAUAAUUUUGUGAAAUGUAUUCAAAGUUUUUAUUCAUAAUGUAUGACUUCUUCUUUCCCUUUAAUUAAAACUUACUCAAGUUUUCACCUGUAAAUGUAGAUGUAAUAUCAAAUGUCGUUUUGCAGUUGUGCUUAUUUUACGAUGAAAUUCUGUUUCGGCAGUCCCAACAUUCCUUUUUUUUUUUACUGAAGUUAGAUUGACGAUAAUAAGGCCACUGUCUUUUAAAUAACUUUGCCUGUCUCCAGAACUACAGGUCACCAUGAAAGCAAAAUUAUAGAUACGCUGUAGUUAGUUGAUAUAUAAAGUGGUUGUACUUUUCUUAUCGACCUUACAUUAUAUAUGACAAUACCAGAAGGGUUAUUUUCUUAAAAAACUUUUGUCACCUAAAUAUAUCACGCAAUUAAAAAUUGUUGAACUAAGAGUCUGCAUUUUUAUCAGCAAAGUUCUCACUAAAGCGACUUUAUGGAGUAAAUUUUUCUGAAGGUAUUUCUCAGGAAUAAAAAUGGAACCUGAUAAUGA